AUGGCGCGCGGUAGUAUGCACAUAUUUUUUUAUAUUACGUUAUUAUCCGUGCCCAGUAAUUUAUAUCCGUGAUUGUGUUAUAAUAUCGGGAGUAAAGUCCUCAUUUUAUAAACGUCUUCCCUUUCACCGAUACAUCUGAUAACUCAGGAAGCGAGCGGAUAGCGAAAGAUAAAUCAUUUUCACCGCCGUCGAUACCCAACGGGACGGUUUACUGACCGAUUUCUCCCGCUUUGUGUAAUCCCGUUGGUUGAACACCCAUCUGACGACGCUCGCGCGAACGUCAGAUAAAACGACCUCGAGAUAAGAGGAUUAAGUGUCGACUGUUCGCGCGCGCGAAAUUCGUCCAAGCGGACGCGAGGGCGGAAAAACGCGCUUUCUUUUUCAUCCACGCGCGCGCCCACGCGGUGUCACUUAUGAAAAAUCGCGUCCCUUUGUCACUUUCAACGUUCGCGGAUAGCAUCUACGUCGCGCCGUGCCGCGUUGGCGGAGAUCGAGAUACGAGCGUAUCGCGGGAAUAUCGCAGAAACGUUGACGUUUAAUGAGCUCGUCCGCAGUUUGCUUCGCGAUUCACGUGGCUGAUAACGGAUCACUUAUCUUUGUUAUUUUCGCGUGAUACUAGGUAUUACCUAGGCAGAGAUUGUAGAUUCGGCUUUCGAGUCGGUCGAUGUCACAGACGCGCAGCGAUCAUUAGAAAAACGAGUUAACCCUUCGUAGACCGUGUCUUUUUUUGACGAGCUACUAUCCCCAUGCUUGGCGGCGAUUUUCUUGGAACCACUUUAAAACCACCUCUCGAGCAUGGGCUCGAGCAGAAGAUCUGGCUCCGGCGGGAGCCGAUCGAACGCUGGCGUUCUCAAAGAACGCGCCAACAUGUCGUUCAUGCUGGUCGUCAUGUUCUUCGCCGUGUUCGGUCUGAUCGUCCUCACGGAGAUAUUCCUGAUCGACGAAAGGCGCGGCGUAAGCAUCGGCGGCACCGGCGUACUCGGAGGUCACAGGAGCGGUCAUCGAUUGCCAGCUGCGCCCGAUCGUCCAGAUUACGGAGAAGUAGGAGCUGAAGAUUACGCCGGUUUAAAGGGUAGCUUUGAUGAGCACGUCGGGUUGUUGGUACGCGGAGAGAAUGGUGGCCAGAAGACGGUAAUUCACCCGGAUCCGCGUGGCUUACCGAGCUUACCGCCCAGCUUGGAAGCUCAUUUACCACAGUUAGAUCAGAACCUAAAGGUCACACAUGCCGAAUGGUUACCAGUCACGAAUACGAGGUUCAAAUUUUUCGUUUAUUCGGCAUAUUUCGACAACAGAAUUAGCGGCGCAGGUACGCCAGCUGGCAAGAGUCAGGGUGUAGUACGAGUGAUUAGCGCUACUAAAACUAGAGGACCGGAGCGUGUUUGGUGUAGGCUUUGGUACCGACAGCAAAACGGCGCAAACGUCACUGCCUCGGUAACAGUAGCUGCCAAAGUUAAGAUAAUUCGGGAGAAUUGGAAUCUCAAGUAUAGUGCCUGCUUCGUGAUAUGUCCGUUGCCUAAAGAGUCCCCGACGACGGAUCAAGUGCCGGAAGCGGUUAGUGUUGUGGCAAGACUGCGAGCGAUCCCAACAAAUCGCAUCCUCGUGCAAAAUCGUUUUGAGAGCAGGACGAACGACAAGCAGGCUUUAGCUGUUUGCGUCAAACCUUUGCACUAUUAUUAUAAUAGGGUUUUGCAAUUGGUGGAAUUUAUCGAGUUGCAUAGACUCUUGGGCGCUACCCACGUCACUUUGUAUAACGACACUGUAGGCGCAGCAGCUGGUUGUGCACUAAAAUAUUACGAGAAUAAGGAUCUGGUUACGGUACUACCGUGGCAUCAUCUCGACAUGAUUUCCCAGCGGGAAAUUCGUACGGAAGGUCUCUUCGCGGCGCUUAACGACUGCCUCUACCGAUCUAUGUACAAGUACGAGUAUGUGGCGCUCGUAGAUCUCGACGAGUACAUUAUACCGAGGCAUAAUGACACUAUAAUCGAUUUGCUACGAUGGAUGGGAAAUCGAAUUAACAUCAAGUCCACAGGCGCGUUUUCUUUUCAAAAUGCGUUUUUCUAUCUGCAAUGGGCUGACGAUCCAUUCGUGGCAACCAGCCGUACUCCCACUGAGGCCGGUUUAAUCACUCUAAAGAAAACACGACGCCGGACUAAGUUGCAUCCGCACAAACAACGCUCCAAAUACAUCUGUAAACCGCAAGAUGUGGUGGAGGCGGGUAAUCAUUUCGUUUGGGAAUUUAUUCCGGGUCAUGGAACUCUGAACGUACCUUCCGAUGCUGCUAUCCUGCAUCAUUAUCGUGUCUGCGAAUUUGGUGGCGACGAUUGCAUCAAGACACAAUCGACGGUCGACAGAACGGCCUACAAGUACAGAGACCGACUCGCUACGAAUGUCGACAAAACAUGGACAGAAUUGCGCGCCGAGUGUUCGCUACCGGAGCUCGAUCCGAUUCCAGCGUUGACACCGCAAAUCAAAGCCAACCCACUCGGGAAGUCGGUCAGGUAGCGAAAAACUAUUGUCGAAAUCCUGUGGGACAUUGGCAAUUUUACCGGUACGCCAAAAGUUGCGAGGACCUAUUUCUACAACUACGGCGGUCCUUAGUCUUCUCAAACUGAGCUAGAUGAACUCCCGUCUUGUUUUAUGAAACUCUCAAUUCGGAACGCGUUUUUAAAUUUGCGAAAUAAGAGAAUACGCUUACCAACGAGAUAAGAAAUCGCGAAAAAAAGAAAAAAAAACGAUACGCGAAUUAAUCAUAUUUUUCUACGUGUGACGGAUUCUUGAACGGUUAACGAAAUCUGGAGACAACUUGCCAAGUCUAUCGGGUUUGACACUAUAUGGUGCUGCUUCUCUCUUGCGGUUUUAUACGGACUCUUGUAUCUAUAUCUUGUAAUUCUUUCGUUCGUGCAGUGCAAAUGUGAUUGUAACAAAUUGUAUUAUCGUUAAAAAAAAAGAUUGUUACGAAAGGCCUAAAUCGCGGGCUAAAAGAAAGCAGUUGGUGAUAAACAAUGCGAACAACAUUAGAUAUUAUUCCUACUGUACCGUUAUUUCGAGGGUAAAAACCUUUUUUUUUUAGAUACUGUAAAUUCAUAUAAUGUAUCUUAUGCAUAUCUAUAGAAUCAAUAAUUAGAUAGUGAUAUAUGUAUAAUAUGUAUUUAGGACUGUCAUAGAGAUUAAAUCUACGGAAACAGCCUAGAGAAUACAAUGGGUUCUCGAAAAAACCACUUCACAUGCAAUGCGUUAAAAAUGUUAUGAAAUCUAACUUUGAAACACUACAAACUAUUUAAACAAAAAGACAUCAGUUAAUAUAAUAUUUUUCACAAAAUUCACCGAAAGAUUUUAUCAACUUAAUUUAAUUUGUAGUUAAGUGAAUUUGCUUGUUUUUACUCUCGUAUACCAUAUCUUUUUGUACAUUCAUACGCAAAAGUAAAUGGCUUUGUGAUACAAUAAUUGUUGUGCAAUUCGUCCGCGUUUGUGCAAUCGUGUUUAGUCGAAAAGAUAUAUUAAAAAUUUCACGUAAUGUAAGAAGAUGCAUUUUUUUUAUUUAGAUAAAUAACAUUUUCUAAAAAGAGAUAAAUACGAAAGAUAUUAAUUUUACUGCGCAAAAUUUUACGACUAUUGGUUGUAUUUAGUAGAAAAAACAACUUUGUAAUUUCUAACUGGUGUAAUAUUUAUUUAUAUGACAAACACCACAGACGCGCGCUUCGCGCGCGCUACUUAGCUUUUUACUUUUUAAAAAUAAAUUACAACGACAAUAUCUAUACAAAUUUGACAGCUGUCAAAAUUCAAUCGCAAUGACAGCUACUCUUGCAACACGAAAUAAACGCAGCGAAAAAACUAAUCGGCAUCGCGGAAGAGGCAACAAUAAACUUCAAUACAUUCGAUAUAUGCGAGUAUCAAUGUUACAUGCACUUUUUAAAAAAGAGAAGAGAAUUGAUUUAUACAUCUAGAUCCGACAGGAACUAAUGGCAAGAACCAAUCGUAUUAAAGAAUUUUAUAACAGUUGCAAAGCUGCUUUUUCUGCUGAACGCAGCCAGUGUUUUUGUUGCUAGCAAUUAUUUAGAAAAAAAAACAAUUGAAAAUGUAAGAAUGAAAUAAACUAUACACAAGGAAAUUUGAUUGAGGAAAAUAAAUCACAAUUGUGUCAAAUAGAUACAAUUUUCGAGAUGAUAAAAAAAAUUUCUAACGACAUUGAAUCGGUCCUCUUCAUAAUAUACCAAAUGCGGUUGUGGCAGAUAAGGGUAUAACAAAGUCUUUCUCUUUAUUUAUUAAUAAGAAAACAUAUGCACGCGCAAAUUUAUGUAUAUAUGUGUAUACACGCAUGUGUACGUGACACGUACGUACGUGACAUGUAAAAUAGAUUUAAGGUACAUACAUGUGAUCGGUGCUGAGCUACAGUCGAUGAUGUGUUGACAUUAUGUUGACGAAAUUAAUAAAUAUGACUACUAGGACAAUA